AUGAUCAACCUGCCUGGCUUUGUCCACAGCGGGGACACCAUCUCCAUUAUACGACACAAGACAUACCACACCUCGACGCCCGAGUACCUCACGGCCACCAACGAGCUCGGCGUCGCCAAAGCCCAAUUCCGCGUCGCCGACCCCACCAAGCCCGAAGGUGCUCGUCAAUGGAUCGCCCUCACCGUCCCGGCCACGGAGUACGAGCGACCCUCUCACAUGGCGCUUCAAAACGUCUCGACUCACCAAUACCUCUACGUCCGCGAUGGUCAAAAGGAUCUCUUCACCAUUCCCCCUCCGCCCUGGCCGCCCACCCAGGCGUGCAUGUUCGACCUGUCCUUCCCCAAUCACCGACUCGGUAAACACUUUCUCGAGAUCUCGUCGGACGUGCUCGGCCCCAUCAGUCCGGACCCUAACAUUACCAUCGACCGGAUCAUCCAGUCCUCGACCGCGACCGAGGGUCGUCUCAGACCCCCGCCCAGCUUGACCACCACUGACACGGACAAGACUUUCAUGGAGCUCGAGGUCUUCAUCCGUGUCGCCGACGAGGUUCACGCCGACACUUUCCAAGGUAUCACCGUCAAGUUCACCAACCACCCCGAAGGCGUGCCCGGUGUCCUCACGGAGAACGGAGCGAAACGAAGGGAACUCCUCAGUUGCGAUCUCGCCUUGCCGGUGGGGUCCAACGCCGAGCCUCUCAAGGACGCGAGGAACCUCACCUUCUCCCUCGGCGCCCUGCCCCUCGACCCGGUCAAGAUCCAGGAAAUCUACAUCCUCGAACACAACUCAAAGGUCAUCUUGGAGGACUUUGAGGUGAAAUCGUGGGUGUCGGGAACAACUGAGUUGGUGGUCAGAGGUGAAUGGAGACCGUUCGAUACAGAGGGCGCAGACCUUGGCGGUGUGACGUUGCCUGUUCCUGCCUGGCACCAAUGCCGCGUUGAACCCUUUCCCUUUGACGCGGAUGUCGAUAAAGCCGUCGACGUGACUGGGAACAAGGAGGCCAGUCAGGACGCGGUGGGAGGUGCGGUCGACGACUCCCAGCAAGAUCUCGCCGAUCAUCAAGACACCAAUGGUUUCGCCAUACACAGCCUCAAGGAUGACCCCGUUAUCCUUCCGCAAGUGGCCAUCCAGCCGACCUCGGCCGACAUGAACGCGGCCAUCCAACAAACCCUCGUCUUCAACGCCGCUGACGCCCUUCUGUGCGCGGCCGCCGGAAAUCCGGGCGUCUCCACUCAGGCCUGGAACGCGUCCACCUCGACUGCGUACGAGAUGGGAUACCGUGUUCUCAACAUGCUCUCCUUCAUCAAGACGCGAGCCGCUGCCAACCCUGGCGCAUCGAGAUUCGACGUCGUCAACGCUUACUUCCCCGACGGGUCGAUCAGCUACAUCCAGCGCGAAAUGCUGUCGUACAUGAUGCAGGUGCAGAACAACCGACCCGCGCCCCAGUUCCGCGUCGACCAGCGAAACAGCUACAUCUCAAUCGGACGACCCACCAUUCCCAUGCCGAUCGAGCUUGCCGCCCUCGCCGCCAUCUCUGGAGCUGCAGCCCGUAACGUCCCGAACGGACCCAACGACACAAUCGGUAACCUGCUCGACGCCAACGUGGUCGACAUUGAAUGGCACGUCAAGGUCCAGUGGCCGCAUGUCAACUCCACCAUCCCGGCGGGGAUGCUCGCCGCCGACCAGACCGACGUCGGCAAGUGGCGUCCCGUCAUCACCAACGCCGCCGCCAGUCAAGGCAUCAUGAUCUGCUUCCGCGAGGUCUUCCAGGACGGAUCCCGCAACCCGUGGCGUUGUCUCGCCUUCCACGUCCUGGACCCAGACUCUCGCAUCGCUUCGCCGGGACACGGCGACGGCUUUGCCGGAUUACAGCAGGACUACGCGGCAAUCAUCAACUACCGCAACGCGAAUGAUGUCUUGUCGGACCAGUUCAACGUUCGUACCAUGAGAACCAACCGAAGGGCUGCGCGAAGACAGUACCCCAUGGCGUUCUUGCCUGGAGACAUUGUGAUCAGGCAUCAUGUUCACGGACAUUAUGGUGUGGUGAGGAACAACAACAUUGCGGAUGGGUUCAGAUAUCAGCAGUUGUCCGAGGCGCACCAUUUCGUCACUGAUUGGGCCGUCGAGGUGUAG